UGAGAAAAGAGCGGCGGUAAUUUUAGUCCAGUUCUGGAGAAGGCUUCAACGAGUAGCUACGAAUGAUUUUUUAUUUAUUUGUUUCACAAUUCUUAGGGUAAUCGCUGAAGCAUUUACUGAGUAAUACAGUGAAACGUGAAUCUACCGAACUUGGAGAAUGAAAGAAACUCUCGACGUUGAGGAAAAUGUCCGAGAAGGCUACGAAACCCCUCUUACAAUGCGAAAAGAAAGAGAAAUCUUCAAAUCGCCUACCUCCUCGAUAUCCACUGAAAGUGGAAUCGACAUGAUGUAUUACUCUUUUCGCUCUGUGGGCCGGAACACGGGACGAAGAAAACCCAUCAUUCCUCUUGCUGAAGAUGAAACCAAAAAUGAUUCUUCAUCAGAUAGUGUAUUCCCUGAACCCUCAACGAAUGCUAAACCUCCACCAGAGUACAAGACUCCCUGGGAGGCCGUGUAUGCUUUUAGGCAAGGCCGCAAACUCGUGAAGCCAACAUUCCAAGGGAGAGUGUACAACUUUUUAGAAAGGCCUAAAGAAUGGAAGUCCAUUUUUUACCACAGUGCAAUAUACACAUCUAUACUAGGAUCCUUAUUCUUGAGUGUAUUAGCCACGGUAGCUGAAAAUAAAGCUGUAUAUUCAAGAAUUGUAUAUGUCGUAGAAGUUAUGCUUGUAUCAAUUUUCACAAUCGAAUACAUUGCACGCUUUUGGUCGGCAGGCUGUAGAAGCAAAUACUUGGGUCUUUAUGGACGCCUGAGGUUCGCUUCUAAACCCAUUUGUAUUAUAGAUCUUGUCAUCAUCAUUUCUAGUUUUCUUGUAAUAUUUCUUGGAUCUGAUGGACACACAUUUAGUGUCAAAGCCGUACGUGGCGUCAGAUUUCUUCAGAUUCUUCGCAUGCUACAUGUCGAUAGAGAAGGUGGCUGCUGGAGACUUUUAGGCUCAGUAAUCAUGGAACACAGGCAGGAAAUGUUCACAGCAUUGUAUAUAGGAUUUCUAGGUCUAGUAUUUUCUUCCUAUUUUAUGUUCCUAGUUGAGAAAGAUGUCAUCAUUGAUAACAUGCCAUCAACAGCAUUUGCUACCUAUGCAGAUGCUCUUUGGUGGGGAGUGGUUACUAUGAUGACGAUCGGAUAUGGGGAUAAAGUUCCUUUAACUUGGACUGGUCGUCUUCUUGCUUGUAUUUCAGCUCUUUUCACAGUUUCAUUUUUUGCUCUUCCUGCUGGUAUUCUUGGAUCAGGGUUUGCUUUGAAAGUUCAGCAACAGCAAAGACAAAAGCAUUUUAGUCGUCAAAUUCCAGUGGCUGCAACGCUUAUACAGACAUUGUGGCGUUGUUAUGCUGCCGAUAAAAAUUAUUCCUCAGUAGCAACAUGGAAAAUUCACAUGAAAAGUCCAUCAAAUUCAACAAACAAGUAUAAUAAAACGAUAGCAGCUCUUCGACGAAGGAAACCCAAAUACAGAAGCGAUAAUGAAAAGAAUGAUCAGAACGAUAACAAAUCCUAUGGCGAAAUAGCGGUAACGCUGGAAGCUCCAAGAGGUCUCCAUCAAUCAAGAAGUGUACCCGAUAUGAUGAUAUCCAUGCACGAUGAUCUCCUGAAGAAAGAUGCUUCAACCACCAAACUUCAAAGCAUAAUGAACGGUAAUGAUGAUUAUCAAAAUGACAGUAUUUCUGAAGAAAUCUAUGGAAAUUCAGCAGGUUUCACACAAUUGUCUGAAGCUCAUAAGAAUGCUAUUCGGGCAAUAAGGAAAAUAAAAUAUUUUGUGGCAAAAAGAAAAUUCCAGCAAGCCCGCAAACCAUAUGACGUAGGAGAUGUUAUCGAACAAUAUUCUCAGGGGCAAAUUAGCAUGAAUGUCAGGCUAAAAGAACUUCACAGAAGAUUAGAUCAAAUGUUAGGAAAAUCUGGUACUCAGUUGUGUGGCAAAAAUGGUAAACCGAUUACACUUGGGGAUAAACUACAGCAAAUGGAUCAACAGAUCCAGAUGAUGGAUAGGAAAAUUGAUAAUAUCAGCUUGGCAAUGCAUACCAUACUGAGAGAACUGCAAAAGACACCUAAAAUUGAAGUGCCCUCAGGUGCCAGCAGCUAGCUUUCAAACGCAUCUAAGUUUCUUUAAAGUUUGAAAUAGUAACUAUAAUAAUUAGAACAUUUACUUUUUAAUGUUUAUAUAGUUUAAAUAAAGUUAAUUAUUUUUGCAACUAAGAGUAGUGAAGUUCGAAACGGAUCUUUGAGGAAGAGAUCUCAAAUGUACAAAUAGCUUCAUUACAUACAAUUAAUUUCAGUACAUUUCGUGUUUAUGAACUGUCCAACUAUUAGAUCAGACAGUUUUAUUUCUGAAAUGUUAACAUUUUUCAAUGAAAGAAUCCAACUCACUGUGAUACAAUGCCAUAUUUUAUAAUUUGGAUUUGUGAGUUUUUGUGUUCCCUCAACACUUUGUUCCAUGUAUAUAUUCAAAAUUAAAUUGCUACCACUUUCUAUUGAAAGUAAAGCACCAUUGUAUAUAUUUUA